AUGAAAAAUAACUAUAAGCUCAAUCUUGGAGCUACAGAAGAUGGCUUGUACAGGAUGCCCACAGUUAGUUCUAAUUAUGUCCAUAUGGAGAAUAUCUCACCAAAUAAGUCCUCUGGGAGGGAUCAUUUAAGAAACAAAGAAUACUCUGAAUUUGGAAGCUCUGUAGAUGGCACUAGCAAUCAUGCACCAUCUCUGAGAUCUCAUAAAGGAAUAGGCUCAAUAGUUUCUUGUGAUCGGAACAGAGCUAGAGACGAUAUGAGAUAUAACGUAUAUGCUCAAACAAGUAAUUAUAGCACAUGCCAAAAUUUAAAAGGAAUGAAUAAGAACACCGUGUUACAACAAAGGAAUUUAAACCAAGAUCUAAACAAUAUUCAAAUUCGUGAUGACCCUAGAAGCCAAAAGAGGCCUUAUACUAAACUAAGAGGUGUUGGGAGCAUCAAGUCUAAGACUUACUACCAAUCUCGGAAGGCAUCUACUCGUUCUAACAUUGUUGAAGAUGAUCCCACUGUCAGUUUUAUCAACUAUCUUUCCAAGUAUGGCAUAAUUGACUACAACUGGAGAACAAUUAUUUCAGAGAGAAACAUGAAAAAGUUGAAGCACAAGGCAGAAAAGAUAUUCUAUCAGUCUAGUAAAUAAUAAAGAGCUUUCAAAAAUUAACUUGCUAAAAGACAUCUUGCAGUGCCAGAUAAAUUACCAGGAGGAAGCCUUCUCAACAAUUGUGAAGGACUUUGCAGGGACUGACCCCAGUCUAACAAAAGAGAAGAUCACUCAGGAUGCGAUCUUGAUCCUCAACGAGAUUCAGGAGGGAGACCUCAACAUUAGCCUCGACUCUAGGAAGGAAAGUCAUUUUAUGCAUAAUAAAAAUGAUACUGACUUUCAGAAAAUCCUCUUACAGUUGAAGAAGUUGUGCAAACGAGAAAGAAUGCUAGUGACUAUUUGUAAUAAGCGGAUAAAUGAACUCGAGAAGGAUAAGGAUAAUGCAGAGCAAAAUCUCAUGGAAUUCAUGAACAAAAAUUCAAUAGCUGUCCUGAAUGGCUCAGGAAUUGAGGAUUCUGAGAUUAUCAAGGAGUUCUGUAGCUCCACUAAUGAUGCAAAGACACAGAAAAUACUUGAAGGAUCGAACUUUGAUUCAAUGGAUAAAGGAUUUAAAACACUUAAAAACAUCAGCUAUAAACUUCUGGCAGAUAAAGAAGUAGCGUUGGAUAAACUCAGGAACCAGUUUGACCAUUCUUCCUCUCUGCCUAAAUCCCAGUGCACUGAGGGACUGAAAUCAGUGAUGACCUUAGAGAAGCAGAUAGACUCAUUACUAAAGACUGUUUCCAGGAUGGAAGGAGUUCUUGAAGAAAAGGAUAAGCUCAUACAGAAUCUAAACGAUUCAAACAAGAAAAGCUCUAAUAUUAUUGAGCAAUUGACCAAGUCCAAAAACUCAGUGGAGCAAGAACUGAAUUGUAAAAUCAAGCAUAUUCGGUCAGAGUCUCACACAGAGAUCAAAGAGUCUCAAGAAAUCAUCCAAGAACUUAACAAGAAAUUAGCAUUCUCUGAGGAAGAGCUAGAAUCUGCUCAAAGUGAGCUUGAAUCAGUCCAGGCUGAACUAGGAUCAGUUCAGGCUGAGCUGAAAUCAGCAAAAGACAAACUAGCAGAGCUAGAAAAGGAGGUUGCAGACAGAAAUGGCAUUGAAACAGAAUUAAGAAAGUGUAAGCAAGAAUUAAUAGACCUCAAACUUGAGCAUGAAGAGCUCAAGAUGUUAUAUAACUCUGAAGUCUUUGAUAACUAUGAGAAAGAGAUUCGUGAGCUCAAGUCAAAGAUUGAAGAAUUAGAAAAGGCAAACACAAGGUUAAGAAAUGAACAUGAAGAAGAGCUCACAGCAACUGCUAAAGAUCUUGAGUCUAAACACUUUGACCAAGUUGAUCUUUUCAAGAAGGAAAUCUACAAGAAAGAUAAGAUAAUCUUUAAAGCAACUAGAAAGGUUAAGAAAAAUAAGGAUCUCGAGGAGCUCAUCAUUAAGGCAAGUAAAGACCUCAGGACUAAAGAUGAGCUGAUCACUAAGUGGAAGGAAAAAUCUCAGAAAUAUGAGUCCCAGUUUAUGGAGCUUAAGAAGGAAACAGACCAAAAGGUCGAAGAGCUAGAAAAUGAUAUGGAGAAAAUCCUUCAGGAAAGUAAAGAUGAAAGACAAGCUCAUAAGGCCAGGACUGAAGAGAUGACUCAAAGAAUCCUGAAUUUAGAGAAAGAUCUUGAACACUAUUCAGAUCUAUAUAAGACAAGUGAGACAAACUGCAAUACACUAUGUACUGAGAAGAUUUCGCUCCUGAAUAAUAAAAUUUCAACACAAACGCAAUCGAUUAAUAAAGCCCAUAUGGUGAUCAAGAAGCUUAAUCAAGAAAACCAGAAUUUAGUCUUACAGCUAGAACAGACUAACAAUAAGGUUACAGCCAAGGAUCAAGAGAUUGGUGAGACACAGAAACUUGAGAACAAGCUACAAGAAACUCUAACUGAGCUCAACAAGCUCAAGAAGAGGAUUGAGAUCUAUGAAGACACAGUUGAGAAAUACAAGAAAUCAGAGCAGGAAUCAAGGGAAGAAGUAGAGAAAAUCAAGGGCCAAAUGAACUGCAUGCAGGAAAAUUUUGAUAGCAGUUACCAGGACUUAGAGAAAGCAAAGGAAUUCAAUGAUAACCUUAACGAGGAACUUGAGAAAGCUAAUACUCAAAUCUCCAAACUUCAGGACCAGAUAUCCCAGCUAGAGAGCGAAAUUGGUGAAAAGGACGAGAAGUUCAAAACUCUUGAGAAAGAGAUGGACAUUCGGGAAGGUGAAAAGGAGAAGAUCAUCGACCAUAUCAAAAAACAGGCUGAGAAUGCAGUUGCCUUCUACAAGAACAAGUACGAACGGAUGAUGAGAGAGUCUAAUUAUUCCUAACAUAU